AUGAGCACGUACUGUGCAUGGCGAAUAUUUGUAUCUGACAACAACAGCCGAAGACGACUUGAUGAUAUUUGUGAGGAGUGGCCUCAUAACUUUCAGCCAGCUCCCGGAUAUUGGAUAGAAUGUUCUCGUCAAAAAAUCACUAGUGAAGCAGGAUAUGUUGAAGAAUCUGGAUCGGAUGAGCGAGAGUUAAAUAAUGGCUCAAAUUCAGACGGUGCAGAUGGCGCCCAAGAAUAUUUUGGUAAUAGAUAUGGACGGCCCAGGGGUUCGGAUAGUUUACUACUGGAGGAUGAUGAAUAUUAUCCGUAUGAUGAUGAUUAUGUCAUGCCACCAUCCAGGCCAAAAACUUCAAUUGAGGAACAGUGGGAGAAAAAUCGAUGUUUUGAAUUGACUUCUGUAGAACAAGAAACGUUUGAGAGGUACUUUUAUCAAAAGGAACAUUGGAAUUACUUCACAAAUGAUGAAGAUUUGGGCCCAAUUAUCCUAAGUCUAAAACAAGAAACCAUAAAUGGACGAGACCAAUUUAGGAUAUUGGUCAGAGCAAUCAGCUACACAGUUCAUGGCUUAAUACCAGCGUCGUGUGUGUUUGCCGAUCGCUAUAACCGUGAGGAAGUGGUCAGAUCUCUUGGUAAGGAGAUCAAUUUAAAUCCACCUUUAGUGCUUGGCCAACUACCUGACACAGCCGAUGAACUGCUCAAACUAGACCAAGUGUUCAUGAAAUCUGAACUCAAAGUUGGAGUAAUAUAUGUCAAAGAAGGCCAAACCACUGAGGAAGAGAUAUUGGAUAACAAUGAAAAUAGCUUAGCAUUUGAAGAAUUUCUUGGACUUUUAGGAGAGACCAAAAGACUUUGUGGGUUUGAUAAGUAUCGAGGAGGAUUAGAUACGGUACACGAUUUGACGGGAACACAUUCUGUAUAUACAAAUUGGAGAAACAUUGAAAUAAUGUUCCACGUUUCAACUAUGUUACCUUAUGAAGCACACGAUGCACAAAAACUUCAAAGAAAAAGACAUAUUGGUAAUGAUAUUGUGUGCGUUGUAUUCCUUGAAGCUGAUGAUACUCGAUUUUCACCAGCAUGUAUAAAAUCACAUUUUCUUCAUACUUUUAUAUUGGUCAGAGUAAGUCCAAGAAUUCGAAGAAAAACAGAAAGGACUAAAUACGAAGUAUCUGUUGUGACUAGAGAUGAAGUUGGGGCUUAUAAACCAUAUCUUUGGGAACAAUCAGUUUUUGAAGAAAAAGAUAUGUUUCGAGAAUGGAUCUUAACGAAGAUCGUAAAUGGAGAACGAGCUAGUUAUUCAGCACCAAAAUUUGCUAGAAUGCAAGAACGUACUCGUAGCCAAAUGCUUGAAGAUAUAGUUGCAAACUUACAAAACCAUUGUGAGACUGGUCAAAUACCUAAACCAUACAGGAGAGGUUCAUGGAGACCGAUAGGGCAUAUGAGGCCAUCCAGUCCAUUACUUGAUUCAGUUAGAGAUAGAUUUGAAGACUACGAUACUCUUGCUAAGGAUUUUACGAAAUUCUUUAUAAACUCCGAAUCAAAUGUCUCCAUAAACGGUCAUUUGUUUGAUGUAGUAUUUUUAGUAGGCCAAAGUAAGCAAAAAACGAAAUUUAUCGGUGUACGAGCCAUUUUGGGUGUAAGAAGUCGAGUAUUCCAAGAAAUGUUAUACGGCAUUUCCACCGGUUUUGGAUCUCCUCAAAUGCCGGUUGCUGAAUUAUUAGCCCGAGGUCUUCCUAGUUUACCCUCUCAACAACACCAAAAAGCAAAAAGUAGUAACUUUCUACAAGUUCCAGAUAUAGAAACACCAAGGGCCAAAAGUGUGCCCAGCUCUCCGAUGAUGCGGAGAGCUUUUACCAGAUUAGGAACGAUUACUGCUGGAUGGAGUAAGUCGAUAAGAAAACAACAAAAUCUGUCCGCUGAUGAUAAAAAGAAGUGGGCUUCUUCUCAAGAUUUCAGCCAUAAAGAAAAAGAAAAGGACAAAGAAAAGGAGAAAGAAAGGUUAGCUCAGUUGUCUGUGCCUAAAGUAAGUGUAUGUCCAAAUAACGGAGGGGACAAGAUUGAUCGAGCGAAACUCAAUCAAAUCGAGUUUUCAAUCAUCGAAUUUGAUCCCGACACGUUUCGAAUACUUCUGGAUUACUUACAUACGAGCUCUUGUAAAAUCACUUGUGCGAAUGUCCCAGGGCUAAUAUGUGCAGCUGAACACUAUGACUUGCCAGAGCUCUUGCAGGCAUGCUUCCACCAUACAAAACAGCAUUUAAGAGUAGAUGUGAUAUGCCUGAUGUUAAACAGUUUGGAAAAUUACGUAUGGAGAUAUAAUUCAGCAGUGGAAUUAGUUAAUUUGAUAUUUACUUAUAUCGAACAAAACGCAUUGAGGGUUUUGAAUCACUGUGAUUUCCUCACACUUUCCGAGUCACUGGUACAGCAAAUAAUGUGUAGGCCACUCGAAGUGUCCGAAAUCCGAAAGUUCCAGGCAAUGAUUAAGUGGGCAACCAAUAAAAGCCAAUCAAAAACCAACGCUAAAGAAGAAUUCCAUCAUAUCAUGACAAGGCUGAAAAAAGAUAUUAAUUUGGUUAAAAUUGCACCAAACGAUCUCAUAAACAUCGUGUUACCUACGCGAACCGUCGAUAAUCAAGACAUUCUGAGCACCCUGUGUAAGCAAGCUGGUACCGGGGAGUACAAAAUCGAAAAGACUGUAUUCGAGAGGCUCAGCAGACAUAGGUCUGAUUGGGACCACGUCGAGCCUUAUCUAUAA